GACACCGUACUGUGACCAUCAUAUCUUCUCUCCACACGCUCAUCAAGCGCAGAGCGAGGAAUCUUUGGCCCCUCAACAACAAAAAGAGCAAAGUGCCGGCUCUUUCCCUCCGGUUCCUCGUUUUGGUAGUAUUCCCCCCUCAAUUCAAUUCUCCUCCUCCUUCUCCAAGGAACAAGGCGUAAACUCGGAUACAACAAAAGAGAAGGAACAAGAAGCACUUCGUACACGCCGAAGGCGAACGUCACCGAGGCAUGGGGGACGCCACCUCCAACCAUCCCGUUCUUGCACCAGCAAGUGGUCUGGGGCAAUCGAACUCAGACGCCGGCGGGUUCAUCGCCCUCGACGUCGGCGCCCUGUCGUCGCUCGCCGGCGACGGCCCGGACACGACGACGACAGCGGCAGCGGCGGCGACUCCGCGGACACCGAGAGUGGUGCGGUCGCUCUCGAGGAAGGGGUCAGAACGGAAGCAGGCCGACGGCGAUACCAAUGGCACUGCAGGAGGUGGCGGCGGCGCAGGGACAGGCAGCGAGAGGCCCCCGCUGUCCCCGCUCUUCGUCCACGUGGCAGCCGCCGACGAUGGGCUCCGGCUCGCGCACACGCCGGGGGCCGUCGGCACGCCGGGAGGCAAGUCCCGGCGGCUCGGGCGGCGACCGGCGCCGUGGCUCGAUCCCCGGAGGGUGGUCUUCCUCUUCGCUACGCUGUCCAGCGUGGGAACGUUGAUCCUGCUCUACUUCACCCUUUCCAUGAGCAAGAUGGACAGCGCUGGAAGCGGCACGGGCGCUGCUGACAGCGAUGCGCGGUGAAACACCGGCCUUGGAGCCCAAAGAGAUUUUCGUGUGCAGCGGAGAGUUUUGAACCUACAAUUUGCAGAGAUUGUGAUUGGAGGGACUGAUAUUACCCGUAUUCCGGCACAAAAUGGGUGGUCAUAUGAAAAGGAUACAUAGUAAAUCGCAGAGAAGAGAUUAGGCUCGUUGGGGGUCUGAUGGAGAAGUUUGUGAUGUAUGUCCUCUCUUUCCUGUGCUGGUUUUUUCUGUUUCUCUUUCCUGUGAUGGAGAAGAGAUUACCCUUAUUUUUUCUCUGGCAGCUGAAAAGAAUACAUGUCGCUUUGGAGCGAUGAUACUAGAUUUUUCUUCCUUACAGAUAUAGCAAUAUAAUCAUACAAAAAUUACACACUCA